GUCUCACAGAACAACCUCUUCCGCGGUUUUGCCUCAUCCUCUAGGGUUUUCCGCCAUGUCCACGCGCGGUGGCGGAGGUGGCCGCCGCGGAGGCCGGGGACAACAAGGAGGAGGCCGUGGAGGCGGGAGCGGCCGCGGUGGUGGCCGAGGGCGCGGCCAGGGCGCCGUGGACCUCGGAGGAUUCCGCGAGGACACGCGAGGAGGACCUGGCCGUGGCCAUCGCGGAGGGUCCGCGUCGUCAGGCGCCGCCCAGAGAGGAGGAGGUCAUGCUGCGCAGUCCCAGUCCCCACAUCCGGCGGCCGGUCCCGGCCCGGGGCCCGGGCGUGGCGGCUACUCCUCAGCGCCUCGGCAGGUGUCGUCGGGCCCGACCCCAGCGGAGGUUGAGGCGAUGAGGCGCCAGGUGGAGAGGAAGGUGGUUAUGGACGAGACGCAGGCGCAGCGGUGCCAGGGCUCGUCGUCCUCGCAAGCACCGGCGCCGAGACCAGCAAUGCAAGAUAAGGCGCCCGGUCCGUUGGCACCCGCAGGGAGCCCGUUGUCGAUCCCAGCGCAGUCUCCGGCGUUCUUUCAGGCGCCUGCGGUACGACCGGCCAUGCAAGCGAAGCCACCGGGUCAGGUCGCACAGGCAGCGAGUUCAUCGUCGUCGUUCCCAAUGCUCGCGACGGCUCAGGCGCCUAGGCCCGGGCGACCUGCCACUGCCCUGCAAGGGAAGCCGCCGGGGCAGGUCACACAGGCAGCGAGUUCGUCGUCGUCGUUCCCAAUGCUCGCGACGGUUCAGGCGCCUACGCCCGGGCGACCCGCCACUGCCCUGCAUGGGAAGCCGCCGGGUCAGGUCGUACCGGCAGCGAUCCCAUCAUCGUUCCCAGCGCCGGCGCCGGUUCAGGGCUCUACGCCCGGGCGACCGGCCAUGCAAGCGAAGCCGCCGGGUCAUGUCGCACCGGCAGCGAGUUCAUCGGAGCGACCUCUGCAAAUGCAAGGGAAGGUGCCGGAUCAAAUGGCGCUUUCGGCGCCUGCAGGUACACUGCCUCCAGCUUCGAGCAAGGCGAUGGUGUUCCCCCCUCGGCCGGGGUACGGAACCGUCGGGCGGAGGUGCCAGGUGCGCGCCAACCAUGUAGAAGUCAAGCUCGGGGACAAGGAUAUCUACCACUACGAUGUGACAAUCAAACCGGAAUCGACCUCAAGGGCAAGAAAUAGAUGGAUCAUCAAGGAGCUCGUUAACUUGUACAAGCAACACUUGGACGGGCGGCGGCCUGUUUAUGAUGGAAGAAAAAGCUUGUUCACGGCAGGUCCACUGCCAUUCCAAUCCAAAGAGUUCGUUCUCAUGCUAACAAACCAUGAGAGAGGAAAACAAGGCGAGAAAGAGUAUAAGGUGGCAAUCAAGGAUGCUGCAAGAAUUGAUAUGUACAGCCUUAAAAUGUUCUUGGCUGGCAGGAAUCGGGAUCUGCCACAAAACACUAUCCAGGCUCUGGAUAUCGCUUUGAGAGAAUUCCCAACUUCUGAGUAUACACCGAUCUCAAAAUCGUUUUUCUCACGAAAGGAAUUUGGAGAUGGUCAGUCUCUAGGAAAUGGUGUGGAAUGCUGGAGGGGUUACUACCAGAGCCUACGCCCUACACAGAUGGGCUUGUCACUUAAUAUAGAUGUUUCGGCAACGUCAUUUUACAAGGCUCAACCUGUUAUUGACUUCGUAGUGGAAUAUCUGAACCUUCGUGAUACUUCAAAACGUAUUUCUGAUCAGGAUCGCAUAAAACUGAAGAAAGCACUUAAGAUGGUCUGGGUUGCAACCAACCAUAUGCAAGAUAAAUGCAUUCACUACAGGAUUACGGGGCUAACCUCAACUCCAUUAAAGGAUUUGACGUUUGAUCAAGAAGGCACAAGGGUGUCAGUUGUGCAUUACUUUAAACAACGAUAUAACUACUACUUACAAUACACUCACUGGCCAUGCCUUCAAGCUGGCCGUGUUGACAAGCAGAUCUAUUUACCUAUAGAGGUUUGCAGCAUAGUUCAGGGACAACGCUACUCCAGUAAGCUGAAUGAGAAUCAAGUCAGGAACAUCCUGCAGUUUACCUGCGAGCGACCAGCAGAUAGGCAAACUAGAACUUUUGAGGUAUUCAAGAAUUACAAAUCUGAUGGAUCAACUUAUGCAGAAGAAUUUGGCCUUACGUUGAUGGAUCAACUUACCUUGGUUGAUGCUCGAGUGCUCCCAGCUCCAAGGCUUAAAUACCAUGAUUCUGGAAGAGAGAAGGUUUGCAACCCUUCCAUCGGACAGUGGAACAUGAUUAACAAGAGAAUGGUUGAUGGAGGAUCUAUCAAAUAUUGGGCAUGUAUAACUUUCGCCUCUCGUUUGAAUCUGAAUGACGUUGUGAUGUUUUGCGAGGCUCUUGUUGGCAUGUGCAAUAACAUUGGCAUGCAAAUGUGUACCAGACCGUGUGUAGAAAUCAGGAAAGCACACCAAGACAAAUUAGAAGCCGAAAUCAGGGGUAUCCAUUCGCGUUCUGCGCAAGUGCUUGCUCAACAAGGUCUAACAGCGAAACAACUAGAGUUACUCAUCAUAAUUCUGCCUGAUAUGAGUGGUUUUUAUGGAAGAAUAAAACGAGUUUGUGAAACUGAGCUUGGUUUAAUCACUCAGUGCUGCGCACCUAAGAAUGUAAGGAAAGGAGGGAAUCAGUACCUUGAGAAUCUUUCCUUGAAAAUCAACGUAAAGGUUGGUGGCCGGAACACAAUGCUUGAAGAUGCUUUCAACCGGAGAAUACCGCUUCUGACAGAUUGUCCGACAAUAGUCUUUGGAGCUGAUGUUACGCACCCAUCUGCUGGGGAAAGUUCAUCUCCAUCUAUUGCAGCAGUGGUUGCAUCAAUGGAUUGGCCACAAGUUACAAAGUACAAAUGCUUGGUGUCUUCACAAGGUCAAAGGGUUGAAAUUAUAAAUGACCUUUAUACAGAAGUGGAAGAUCCACAGAAGGGCAUUGUUAAAGGUGGAAUGAUUAGAGAUUUGCUUAUGUCAUUCUUCAAGUCAACUGGCCAAAAGCCUUCGAGGAUUAUAUUCUAUCGUGAUGGUGUUAGUGAGGGGCAGUUCAGCCAAGUCUUGCUUUAUGAAAUAGAUGCCAUUCGGAAGGCAUGUGCAAGUUUACAGGAUAAUUAUCUCCCAAGGGUCACAUUUGUUGUUGUGCAAAAGCGGCAUCAUACCCGCCUGUUUCCUGAAAAUCAUCGUUCACGAGAUCAAACAGACAGGAGUGGAAACAUCCUGCCUGGAACUGUUGUUGAUACGAAGAUCUGCCACCCCAGCGAGUUUGAUUUUUACCUCUGUAGCCAUUCUGGUAUUAAGGGGACAAGCCGCCCAGCUCAUUAUCAUGUUCUUCUGGACGAAAAUGGUUUCAGUGCUGAUGCACUGCAGACCUUGACUUAUAAUCUUUGCUACACGUAUGCCCGGUGCACUCGUUCAGUCUCUAUAGUUCCUCCGGCAUACUACGCACACUUGGGUGCGUUCCGUGCCCGUUAUUACAUUGAGGACGACAGUUCUGAUCAGGGCUCAUUGACUGUGGCAACUCAGACGGAUGAUCAAUCUGUCAUAGUGAAGCAACUCCCCAAGAUCAAGGAGUAUGUUCAGCAGUUCAUGUUCUAUUGCUAAAGCUGGAGUGUAUUCCAAAUAGUUCCUGAAAAGCGUGCAUGCGACAUUUUUCUUGGAUUGAUCUAUGAUGUCGUAACUGUGAACUCACUCACUCUUUUGUCUGUUUCGUUCCAUCAUCAUGCUUAACUGAUUCGAAACGGAAUCCUUUUGCUUUUCUGAAAUGCAUGGUUCUGGUUGCUGCAUUAA